AGAGAGAGGGGGGAGAGAGAGAGAGAGAGAGAGAGAGAGAGAAAUAGAGAGCGAGAGAGGGAUGGACCGUGGCCAAUGGUCUGCAAGCAGAACAACUAAAGUAGAGACAGAGAGGAGAUUUCAUGUACUCUCCACAGGCCGAAAAUGCGAUCAUGUCACAGAGGAUGAGCGGAGAUACAAAGCCGGAUAUGAAGCAAGAGGUGAUGAAGAGCAGCCAGGUGGUUUAGUCCAUUUAUUCAUUUUAUUCAUUAGCCCGGGUCAUUUCAUAGAUGCGCUUGCGGGUGGUACAGGCCAUCAGCAAGCUUUAGAUCAUAGCCCGAAACACCUUUUGUCCUGAAUAUGACAUCAAAAGCCGAGAUCCUGCAAUAGCGGAGGCUGAGGAGGAACCGGAUUGACGGGACGCAUGAAUUAAACAAUCAGCGGUACCUCACGUUUCUCCCCCUUAAUGUGCUCAAACGGAGGUGUGUGGAGGAGAGAGCGAACCGAGCCCGCAGCCGAUGCCCGGAGAAAACAGCAGCCUGUGUGCAGGCAGCUGUGGACGACAGGAAGGUGGUACCCAAGUGUCGGUGUUUAUUAUCUGGGAUCUGACUCCGGAGGCGCGUCGCUGAGGCAUGGGCUGCGCUCCCAGUAUCCACGUCUCUCAGAGCGGGGUGAUCUACUGCCGAGACUCAGACGAAUCCAACUCCCCCCACCAGACCACCACCAUCUCUCAGGGCACCGCGGCCACGCUACACGGGCUCUUCAUCAAGACCGAUGCGGCCGAGACCAUCCCCUCCGUCAUCACCUACCAGAGCCGCCACUCGCGGAACAACUCGUGCCGGGAUCGCAAGGAGAACAGCGGGGGACACAUCCGCAUCGAGGCCGAGACGCAGACCAGCCACACCAGCGUCAAGGUUUCAGCUACAGAAGAAUGUGUCGGACCUAUGAGACUGACUCAAGAGCCCAUUCAGGUCCUACUGGUGUUCGCCAAGGAGGACAGCCAAAGCGAUGCCUUCUGGUGGGCCUGUGACCGCGCUGGGUUCAGGUGUAACAUCGCACGCACACCCGAGUCUGCCGUCGAGUGUUUCCUGGACAAGCACCAUGAGAUCAUAGUCAUUGAUGGACGCCACUCGCGGUACUUUGAGCCUGAAGCUGUAUGCCGAUUGAUCCGUGCCACAAAGCCCUCUGAAAAUGCAGUUAUUCUGGCUGUUGUGCCACAGAAGCCGGCUGACCAGGAGGAGCCAUCUGUUCUUCCUCUCCUCUGUGCGGGAUUCAGCAGAAGGUUUGUGGAGAACAGCAGUGUGUCAGCCUGUUUUAAUGAACUGAUACAGAUUGAACAUGGAGAGGUGCGCUGCCAGUUCAAACUCAGGGCUUGUAACUCUGUCUUCACUGCUUUGGAGCACUGUCAAGAGGCUGUGGAGAUCACCAGUGAGGACCACAUAAUACAGUACGUAAACCCAGCGUUUGAGCGGAUGAUGGGCUACCACAAGGGGGAGCUAAUCGGGAAGGAAUUGACUGAACUUCCAAAGAGUGACAAGAACAGAGCUGACCUGCUGGACACCAUCAACACUUGUAUCAAAAAAGGAAAGGAAUGGCAGGGCAUUUACUAUGCCAGAAAGAAGUCAGGUGACAGUAUACAACAACACGUAAAGAUCACACCAGUCAUCGGCCAAGGAGGGAAGAUUCGACAUUUUGUAGCCAUCAAGAGACCUCAUAUUGACAACAAUAAUCAGGUCCACAAGCUCAACAAGGAGGAGAGAUGCAGCGGGGAACAUUCUCAGUCAGAGUGCCAUUCUCUACGUCACCGCGACAGGAGGAAAGAUUCAAUUGAUGCCAGAUCACUCAGCUCUCGCAGUAGUGACGCUCCCAGUUUACAGAAUCGAAGAUAUUCCUCUGUUGCCAAGAUUCACUCCAUGACUAUUGAGGCUCCCAUCACAAAGGUAAUAAACAUCAUCAACGCAGCCCAGGAAAGCAGUCCGGUGACAGUGGCUGAGGCUUUGGAUCGGGUGUUGGAGAUCCUGAGAACCACCGAGCUCUACUCUCCUCAGCUUGCCUCUAAAGAAGAUGACCCUCACACCAAUGACCUGGUUGGGGGACUAAUGAGUGAUGGGCUGCGCAGACUCUCUGGGAAUGAAUACGUCUUCUGCAAAAAUAUGAGCCAGAGCCAGCUGGCCAUCCCAGUCACUCUGAAUGACGUUCCUCCAUCCAUCGCGGAGAUGCUGAAUGAUGAGGAGUGCUGGGAGUUCAACAUCCUGGAGCUGGAGGCAGCUACACACAAAAGGCCGCUGACUUACCUCGGACUGAAGACCUUCACAAGUUUUGGUGUGUGCGAGUUCCUGAACUGCUCGGAGGCCACGCUGCGCUCCUGGCUGCAGCUCAUGGAGGCCAGCUACCACUCCUCCAACUCCUACCACAACUCCACACACGCCGCAGACGUGCUGCACGCCACUGCCUACUUCCUCCGCAAAGAAAGAGUCAAGAGCAAUCUGGACCAGCUGGAUGAGGUGGCAGCUCUGAUAGCGGCCACAGUACAUGACGUGGACCACCCAGGCAGGACCAACUCCUUCUUGUGUAACGCCGGCAGCGAGCUGGCGAUCCUCUACAAUGACACGGCCGUGCUGGAGAGCCACCACGCGGCCCUCGCCUUCCAGCUCACCGUCCGAGACAGCAAGAGCAACAUCUUCAAGAACACCGACAGGAAUCAGUUCCGAACACUGCGACAGGCAAUCAUCGACAUGGUGCUGGCCACAGAAAUGACCAGACACUUUGAACAUGUCAGCAAGUUUGUCAACAGCAUCAACAAGCCAAUGGCUGCCAUAGAGGAGACCAGUACAAGUAGCAUGAACAGCGACUGUGAGGGUCAAGCCAAUUUCAGGAACUCUCCAGAGAACCGUCUGCUGAUAAAGAGGAUGCUGAUCAAGUGUGCAGAUGUGGCAAACCCCUGCAGACCGCUUGAGCUCUGCAUCGAGUGGGCUGGACGGAUCUCUGAGGAGUACUUUGCGCAGACAGAUGAGGAGAAGAGACAAGGCCUGCCGGUGGUGAUGCCGGUGUUUGACAGGAACACCUGCAGUGUGCCCAAAUCUCAGAUCUCCUUCAUAGACUACUUCAUCACUGAUAUGUUUGACGCCUGGGAUGCCUUCGCCAGCUUGCCUGGUCUCAUGGAACACCUGUCGGAGAAUUACAAGUACUGGAAGGGUUUGGACGAGAUGAAGUGUAAGAGCCUGCGUCCUCCCCCUCCCUCUUGACCAACUCUUCGUCGCCUCCUCUCAUCUAUCACUCUGAGCAGGGUAGGUAGGACAGCAAACGCAGCCCUGCGGUGGAACAGUUGGUCUCUUCAGCUGUGAUUCGACAGAGCUCUGUGCCCUCCCAGGCGGCCCCGGACACGUUCGCGGCCAGAAGGUGGCCACUCGGGGUCCCUGAGAGCAGACAUCACUGACUGAUGAACACUGAGACGCUGUUUCAAUCUCAAAUCACAGCCUCUUUUCUUGUGUGGUUGUAGGUGGAGGUGGUGUUCUGCCAGUGGAGAACAGGUUGUCAUUUGAGGGCCCCGUCCACAUUUAUGGCCCUUUUAAGUAUUCCUAAUAGCACCUCUAUGAAACUGUGUGGACCUCACGGCUCACCUGACAAUCUGUACCAUACAGUGUAACACACCACAAACCUGCACUUUAGCUAAUGGAGACAUUUUCAUUUGGAGCAUCUUCUUGCUGUUUUGGCUUUUCACAGUUUUUUCUCUAAUUUUCUUUAAACAAAUGUUUUCAUUCUACGUCUGUCUAUGGCUGUAAAACAAACAUGGUGAUUAAGAUGGUGACCAAAGCUGGAAGCACUGAAGUUCAUGCUUGUUUCUUUUCAAAUUGCCAACUUGAGAAGGUGCUCAGCUGGAAUCAUUCAUUCUUAUAAGCUGUGAUAUGGUCUGCAGUAUGAGAGACACUUUGACUUGUGUCUGGGACCAAAUACUUAGCAAUCCCCAUCCUUUUGGACCUGCACAGAGAGAACUUGUUGGAAAGAUUUAAGAAAGGGGAGUUCCAGAGACAGUAGGCCAAGUACCAGGGUCCAGUCAGAGGGGGGAGAACCAGCCCCAUAGGCAGAGCUGACAUCAAAGAAGAGCUUGGGAUGAUUGCUGGAUUUAAGGAUCAUGUAGGUAUCAUUUUCCUUUGUGCACUGUGAAAGCAGUUGGUGAAGAUCUUUGUCAACAAAUGGAGGAACAGAAUUGCACUGUAUCAGAGCUGUUAGCAAUGAUGCUUUCAUCGAGUAAUACAAAAAUAUCAGAUGUUACAAUACACACAUAGCUUUGUGACACAAACUGUAGACAUUUGCACCCAAAUAAGAGCAAACAAAACUGACUCAUGAGUUUCUGAACACUAUAAGAAUAAGCUUUCUAUGUGAAGCAACACUGACUGUUGUACAGUAGAGGCCAUGCAACGCUGUUAGAGUAGGGAGUAGCUGUGUUGGACCUCACAGCGACCUGACAGAUGUAUGAAGGAGCAGCAGAUCCAUGUUUGGAUCCAGCUUGUAAAAACAGCAGCUGCCGAGCACAGCGUCUGUCUGCCUCCAGCACUAAUCAGCUCCAGCUCUCACAUGGUUUUGGUUAAAGCGAUUCUUUCUUUUUUUUCACUGUAUCUCAAAAAUCCUGCAACUGCAAUUCACCUUGCAGUCAUCUGGCUCUGUUUUGGGGAGAAAUCUAGAAUGCACAUGAUUUUCAGAUUAUUUGCAUUCAGAGAAAUAACACAAAGGCCAUCUGAUCAUGAAAUUUGUAAGGUGUUUCUGCCCUCCGGUGGCGAUAUGGGGGUGUUGCAGUAACAUUAAAUCAGUAUAAUGGUAUUCGUCAGAUCAGUUCCAAAGAAACUAGUUAUUACCCCACUGUGACUGCGAAUAGAAAAUGCAGUUUGCUUUGAUAUUUGAGAAUUCAAUCGGUAUUAUGAUUUAGUAAAACAUCCAUGUAGCUUCUCUUAAAUUUUAACCUGUUAAGGUUAAAGGUAUAGUUCAGAUUUUUAAGUCAGGUUGCAUGGGGUUGUUAUCCAUAGACAGGAUAUUACAUACAGUAGAGGUUGGUCGGUACACCCCUAGUGUGGAGAAGCAGGCUGGAGUCUGACAUGGAAGCUAAACAAUCGCCAGCUUCACCUCAUUGCAGACAGUGAAUUCCAACAGGAAAAUUAAACCAUCAUAUGCCUGUCUUCAAAACCAAACUCCACUGAGAAAAACUGAUUUAAUAUCAAUGAAGACAGGAGCUGCUGGUCUACUGCCACCUCAAACUGUUAGUUUGUUUGUGUUAUUGUGUGACUUUGGCAUUUAAAAGGGUUAGUUUGGAUUUGCUAAAGUCACACAAUAACACAUUUUUCUCAAUGGAGUCUGGUGGCUUUGACGACAGCACACGAGGAACUGAAGCUGUUAACCACUCUCUCGUCAGAACGGGCUGUCUGACAUUAAGGUAAAAUGGUAAAAUACUCUAAAUACAUCUAAACUGGUAUUGAUUUUUUUAAGUGGCUAUAAUAAGUGUUGUUGCUGACCCCUCCACAGCAGUAGAUCUCAUAGCUUCUGUGUCAGACUCCAGCCUACUUCUCCAAACUCAGGGCGUGCCGACAGCUAUCUACUUAACACACCGAUAAUGGAUAAGAACCCCAUACAACCCCACUUCAAAAAAACUGAUCAGUCCUUUCAGCAGUAUUAGAAUGAUAUUAUAAGAAAAUUGGAUUAGAAAUCAAAAUGGUGAUUAAAUCUGCAGAUAUCCAUACAUGAUCUGAGCUGCUUCGGUAAAAUUGUGUAAUAUCAUUAUUAUGCAUUACCAGCUCUAGUUCCAAGAGUUUUACUCCACAAACGCACAUUACAGUAUUAACCAAAGGCACAGAGAGCUUUUUACUGGUGCCUUAUUCUUUGGUCAUCUCCACAGAGCAGUUUUUUUUUUGUUUUUUUUUUAUUGUUUAAGUAGUUCCUCCUUCUCUCUUAAGAAAAGCCAUACAUGUUUUAGAUAUUUGAAAAAAUUGCUUUAGGUAUGUUGCUGGUCAUGAUGGUCAUGAUGGGCCUGACAUUUUAUCCUUUCUGUUUUGUAUGACUGUGAGGUUUUUUGAAGACAGAAACUGAAUCAGGGGAAGUUGGAUCAGAUGUGAAUUCCACUAUUGGUUUGUCUGUUACUGUAUCAGUUCAUUUUGAAAAGACAGAAGUGGUCACAUCCACAUUCAACGUUUCAUAAUGAUAUGACAUUAUUUUCUUGAUGACCAAGGUCUUAAUCAACGCCUUAAUCUUGUCAUGUCUCAGUGUUUAGGUCUGCUAUUGUUGCAAUACACUGUCUAACUACCUAAUGUACCUGCUGUUCUUGUAAAUACUCAUCACGUAUUGUUUUUGCUUUGCAUUUGACAUCAUUUGCUUAUGUAACUUGUUUAUUUGGGCUGUUAUGUGUUGCAGGGGUAAUUUCCAGAAUCUCUAAAAAUAAGAUUUUAAUUUUUUUACAGUGACUUGAAAUGUGGCUCCACCUCUGAAUGUUUCAUGACUGCUCUCUGAUCAUGAGAAGAUAUUUUUUGCUAGUCUAUAACAAAGAUUUCAAUUCACAAAGCCAAUUUAAAUAUUUCAGAUUUACAUGUCAGACAUGCCUUUUCUGUGAACAGCAAUGACUGGAAUGUGAUGAUAUCAGUUAGAUGAGAUGACAGCCAGUCGCUUGACGCCUCGCUUUGGGUCUACUGAGGCAGAACCAGAUUGUAUAACUGCUUGUUGCGUAAUGAUAAGCCUUCAUCACUUACAGUGAUUUCUAUUUCCUCUCUCUUUCAUCUCUGACACUGAUGGCCGUGGCUGCGUGCCAAUCCUGUGUUGCUUUUGUAUAAUUUAUAAACAGAACAAUAAUUAGAAAGUGAUAAUGUUGUAUACAGUACAAAUUAUUUUUCAAAGAAACAAACAUUGGCCAUGAGAACUGUAAUGUGUGUUUUGAAAGAUUUUACUGCCUCAUGCAUAGUCGUGAAAAAAAAAACAAACAAAAAAAAAAAAAACCCUUCCACCUGAGUCACUUAAAUCUACCAUGUUUGUUUGAAAUGUUUGACUUAGUUUGCUCUCUGGAUUAUGAUGUCUUAUUUUGAUGUUCUCUGUCAAACACACAAAUGUAUUGUGAGAGAUGAUUAAAGCAUUCUUUAAAUAUGAAGUUGUUACAUGAAUGGCAGCAAGAAAUUUAAGGGAAGAGUUUGACAUUCUUGCCACUCUUGUAUUUGUCCGGUAAGUAUAAGGGUACAACCAGGAGAGUGAAAGCAUUGCUUCAGAGUAAAACUGGAAGCAGGGGGAAAAAUAGCCUGACUCAGUCCAAAGGUAAAAACAAACAAACAAAAAAACUACAGCUCACUAAUUAACACAUCAUAU